AAAAGAUUACUCACGUGGAUCGCUUCGAUAUACGAUAACUUGCUAUCAACCCUUUACGGUAAAAAGUACCAACCAAACCUUGAAUUGUACCAAAAUCCCACCACUUUUCCCAAAUCAAAUUUGAAAUUCGGUUGUCGAUUUUCAUUUAUUUCACCGAUUCGUAGAGAUCAUUUGAUGAUUUUCAGCCACAGUACGCUGGUAUUACAUACUGCUUUCGUAGGCCUGAUUUAGCCUAGCCGGUCGAUGAGAUUACAUCGUAUUUAGCUUUUGUUUCUUAACUCGAAUCUGCAUACCAUGAAGACACGUAAUGUUUUGGGGAUUUCUCUUUCUCUCAUUAUCAUCAAUUUGGCGGCUAUAGUGGAACGAGCCGAUGAAAACCUUCUUCCAUCCGUGUACAAGGAAGUCAGUGAAGCAUUCAACAUCGGACCAUCUGACUUAGGCUACCUAAUGUUUAUGAGAAACUUUUUUCGAGGUUUAGCAUCUCCAAUGGCCGGGGUCUUGGUUUUAACCUAUGACCGCCCGACCGUACUUGCAAUGGGCACGCUUUGUUGGGCGUUAUCCACAGGUGUUAUGGGCGGCAGUCUCUAUUACGGUCAGGUUGCUUUUUGGCAGGCUGUAAACGGAUUAGGAUUGGCCAUCGUGAUUCCUUCACUCCAAUCGUUUAUAGCUGAUUCGUACAGUGAUAGUGUGAGGGGGAUGGGGUUUGGGUUAUUGAAUCUUGUCGGGAAGGUGGGCGGCAUAGGCGGUGGUGCGGUGGCUACAGUUAUGGCCGGUCAUGAGUUUUGGGGGGUGCCCGGAUGGCGGUGUGCAUUUGUUAUUAUCUCUGCAUUAAGUUGUCUAAUUGGGCUUCUUGUAUUCUUGUUUGUUGUAGAUCCUAGAAGGAACGAAUUGUUGGAUCGGGGGCGUGGUUCUGGUUCAGUUUGGUUCGAGUCAUGGACCGCAAUGAAAGGCGUGAUGAAAGUCAAAACGUUUCAGAUCAUCGUCUUGCAAGGUCUUGUUGGUUCACUCCCAUGGACCGCCAUGGUGUUUUUCACUAUGUGGUUUGAAUUAAUUGGUUUUGAUCACCAAAAGGUUGCAAUACUUUUCACCCUGUUCGGCGCAGGGUGUUCAUUUGGUUCACUCUUGGGUGGGAUCAUAGCAGACCGAAUGUCUCAGGUCUACCCGCGUUCAGGUCGAAUAAUAUGCGCGCAAUUUAGCGCGUUCAUGGGGAUCCCAUACACUUGGUUUCUCCUACGCAUAAUCCCUCCAACAGUCGAUAGCUACCACACUUAUGCAGUUACACUUCUCUUGAUGGGCCUCACAAUAAGCUGGAAUGGAACCGCAUGCAAUGCGCCAAUGUUUGCAGAAGUGGUCCCCACCAAACACCGGACCAUGAUCUAUGCCUUUGACCGUGCGUUGGAAGGGUCCUUUUCAUCAUUUGCUGCACCGAUUGUUGGGAUCCUGGCGGAAAAGGUUUACGGGUAUGACCCGAAAUCGGUGCACCCAACCACAGGGUCUACAAGAGAAGCCUUAGCAUUGUCGAAGGCGCUUUUCUCAAUGAUGGGGAUUCCGUUUGGAUUGUGUUGUUUGUUUUACAGUCCGUUGUAUUGGUUUUUUAAACACGAUCGUGAUAGCGCGCGAUUGGCUACUCAAAAAGAAGAAGAAAUGAUUUAAUUAACUAUUGUUUGUAUGAAUAUUAAAUAGCAGUGAGUCUUCUUAUCAAAAACUCUUUGUAAUGUACAAACUUGUCUCAUUUCUAAAUUUUUUUAUACCUAAAAGGCUGAAA